UGCUAGGUAAAUAUUCCCGACGUGCACCGAGGUGCGGGGAGUGUCCCGGGCUUCCAGCAUUCCCAGUUUGUUAAACCAAACAGUAAUUAACAGCAGCAGCACAGGCGGCUGUCCGCCCUGGCCACGCUGCCAUGCCUCUUUGGGGGCUCCGGGAAAGGCACGGGAAACUCCUGCCGCUUCUCCUGCUCGGAUCGCCCGGCCAGAUUCAUCUCUUCUGAGUAAAUGAAGAAAGUGACUAUGAAGGCACAGCAUCUGCCUUCUGUUUUCGUCAAUGAAGAGAAGUUCGUAACCAGAGAGCAGCUCAGUUCUCUUCUGAGGAAUUAUAACUCUUACUAUUCAGAUCAAGAGAAUCUGCAACUGACAUAUAAUCAGCGAGAAGGAAGCGCCCCAUUCAUUGAAGGAAUCCUCUCCAUAUUCUGGGGCGUGCGACAUCCGAUCCGAUUAAAGAUUCAGGAUGAGAAGCAGAUCCCCUCUUUUGUAACCCUGAAGUCAACGGAGAACGUGGGGCUUUUCCCCAGCAAAAGGGGAAUGACUCGCUGGGGAGAGUUUGAUGACCUCCAUCACAUCAGCGGGGACACCCUGAAAUCUCCUGAGGAACAGCCAGACCUCGAGCAAAGUUAUCCCUGCUGUGGAAGUCACACGCUGAAGGCCAGGAGGGAGCAGGAGCUGGACUGUGCCACCCUGCCCCGCACCAGCAGCGACGCCGCGGCCGUGCGCAGGCGGACCAAGCUCCCCACCAUAACCAGGACAGAAGUGGAAACUCACAGGUUCUCCAUCAAUGGCCACUUCUACAACCACGAGACAUCGGUGUUCACUCCGGCUUUUGGGUCGGAAACCAAAAUAAGAAUCAACAGCCAGAUGAGGACCAGACAAGUGAUAGAACAGUUGCUCCGGAAGUUUAAGAUAGAAAACAGCCCCCACGAAUUUGCACUUUACGUUAUCCAUGCGUCUGGAGAAAAGAAGCAGCUGAGGAGUAGAGAUGUUCCCUUGCUGCACAGGCUGCUGCAGGGGCCCUCUGAGAAGGUUGCCAAGUUCUUUCUCAUGGAUGGGGACGUGGAAGAGGUCAGCAGUGAUGUUGCUCAGUACAUUUCAUUUCAUCUUCCCUUUUUGGAAUCCAUUCUGCACAGAAUAAACGAAGAGGAGGAGCAGGAGAUUCAGCAGACAACUGCAAGGUACAUCAGAGAGAAGAGGCUGAUACAGCAGCACCUUCGCAGUCGAAGUGUGAGGAAAACAGAGACCACGGUGUGAUGGGAACGCCGGGAAUGCCGGAGGGCUGUCCUUGCUGCCUGCUGGGGCUGGGACUGAGCAGGGCUGCAGCCUCCCAGAGUGCCCAGUGGGCCAAGGCUCUCCUCACCAUUAACUCCUGCAGCGCUGGGGUGCAGGCUGGAAGCAGCCGCGGAGAUGCACGACAUCAGAUGCUGGGUCUGACUUGGAACAUGGGCAGAAACUCCCCUGAAGAGCCCAAGGCUUUGAAUCCUGCUGAUGGGUCACCUGGCACCAAGAGGCUGGCAUAGAAAAAUAACCAGUGUGCUGGUAGAAAAUAUGCAGACUAGGAAUAUGGUUAUCCCUGUGUUAAAGAAAUAUUGCAUUAUAUUAGCAGGAAGCUUUUCAGUAGAGCCAAGUGGCAGAAGAUAUUUAUGUAUUUAAGACUGCAGGUAGAAUUUCCAUUUAAGUUAUGAAAUAUCUAUGCAAGAUGCCUGAGAUCCACUGGCUUCAGGCUGGUGGGUGCUGAAACUGCUUAAGCUUUGAGCUGCUGUUAGGAAAACAUAACUGGAAACUCUCCCCCUUAGGAGCUCUUAGCAAUGACAGGGAAUCUACUGCUGAAAUACCUCGUGAACUGCAAAGCAAGAACUGACUGAACACUGUUGGGUCCUGAAAGGCAUCUCAGUAGCUGGAAUAAGUGGUGGUGUUCCUUCCUGAGUGUUCUGUUUGAGGGGUGCUCAGUGAGAGGCUGUGUCACAGCCACGGAGGGCUGGGCCCACGGCCUCCCCAGGGAUGCAGUUUGGCUCCAGCCCAGCCCCACGCAGGGCACAGCAGGCAGCUCCUUCCUGCCUGAGCGGUGUUCAGUGU